CCCGCCGCCGCCGCCGCUCUUUGUUCGGCGCCGCCCGCCCGGGAGCCUGGAGCAGAGCAUGGAGCAGCGCUAGCGGCGAUGGAGCCGCGAUGGAGCCCCCGCCCCGCCGCCCCCGAGGUGAUUGCACUUAGUAAGAGAAGCAAGGAGGCUGAGACGGCUUUCCUGAGCGUUUACAAGCAAUUGCUCCGAGCUCCAGACCCUGCUCCUGUGCUGGAGGCUGCCCGGAGCCUGGAGGAUCGGCUGCAGCAGCUCCAGCGCCUCGAGCCGGAGCCGCCGCCCCUGAAGGAUCUCAGCCGGCCCUGGAAGAAGCACCCGGAGCUCGGCAGCACCAAAGAGCGCAGGGAGGGGAAGUCGCCGGCGGCCGAGCUCCCGCUCCCCGGCCUCGACGGCAAAGCGCCCGGCCCAGAGCCCCCGCUGCAGAGAAAUGAGGCAGACAAGCAAAAGGGCCUGCAGGAAGCUCAGGUCACCUUGGCCGCUCGGCUGGGGGAGGCAGAGGAGAAGAUCAAAGUGCUCCACGCAGCGCUGAAGGCCACCCAGACGGAGCUGCUGGAGCUGCGCUGUAAAUACGACGAGGAAGCGGCGUCCAAGGCAGAUGAAGUCGCCAUGAUCAUGACCAACCUUGAAAAAGCCAACCAGCGGGCGGAGGCGGCGCAGAGGGAAGUGGAGAGUUUGCGGGAGCAGCUGGCGGCCGUCAACAGCUCCCUGCGCCUGGCCUGCUGCUCCCCCACGGGCACCACGGGGGACAAAGUGAACUAUUCCAUGUGCUCAGGGUCGAGGUUGGAGGCAGCUCUGGCUGCCAAGGACCGGGAGAUCCUGCGGCUCCUGAAGGACGUCCAGCACCUCCAGAGCUCUCUGCAGGAGCUGGAGGAGUCCUCUGCCACCCAGAUCGCCGAGCUGGAGGGACAGCUGGCCGCCAAGAACGAGGCCAUCGAGAGGCUGGAGGAGAAGCUGCAGGCACAGGCUGACUACGAGGAGAUCAAAACAGAGCUGAGCAUCCUGAAGGCGAUGAAGGUGGCCUCUGCUGGCUGCAGCCUGCCCCAGGCAAGUGCCGUGGCGCGUCCUGAGGCGCUGGCCGGGCUGUGCCAGCCCUGCCGACGGUGCCUCCGCCGCCUGUCCCCAUCUCGGCUUGGCUCCUUGCAGAGCAUCUCGAAGGCAGAGGAGGCCCUGCUGCUGGGGAAGGAGGCUUUCUAUCCCUCCCAGAAGUACCUGCUGGAGAAGCCCAGCCUGCUGGCCAGCACUGAGGAGGAUCACUCCGAAGACGAGUCAGGGAAGGAUCCUCUGGGCAUGGAGCAGCCGUACCCAUCCCCCCACCACGCCCCGGCUGAUGACCCCACGUCCCCCACUCCCCUCCCGCCGCUGCCUGGCCCCGGCGCGGCCCCUGACGGUCCCCGGACUUUCUCUCUGUCCCCCUUCCCGGGGGGCGAGCGGCUUUCAGGGGAUCCCAAGGCCCCCCACCUGCCUCUGCCCAGCUACAAGAGCGAGAGCAGCAGCGGGGCACCGCCCUUCCCCUCCUCCUUCUUCGGGGCCAAAAGCAGCACCGUGCACCCCGUCCCCGUGCCGGCCACCAGUGCCACCAGCCCGCCCGGCGAGCCCUCCGAGGGCAGCGCCGGCAGCUCCACCGAGGAGGAGCAGCUGGACACGGCCGAAAUCGCCUUCCAGGUGAAGGAGCAGCUGCUGAAGCACAACAUUGGGCAGAGGGUCUUCGGGCACUACGUGCUGGGGCUGUCACAGGGCUCUGUCAGCGAGAUCCUGGCGCGGCCCAAGCCCUGGCACAAGCUGACGGUGAAGGGCAAGGAGCCGUUCAUCAAGAUGAAGCAGUUCCUCUCCGACGAGCAGAACGUGCUGGCCCUGAGGACUAUCCAGGUGCGCCAGAGAGGUAGCAUCACGCCACGGAUCAGGACACCAGAGACCGGCUCCGACGACGCCAUCAAAAGCAUCCUGGAGCAGGCAAAAAAGGAGAUUGAGUCUCAGAAGGGAGGGGAGCCCAAAACACCAUCAGCAUCACAGGCAGCGGCCAACGGGGCGGGCAGCAGCAGCUCUGAGGACGCCAUCAAGAGCAUCCUGGAGCAGGCACGGCGGGAGAUGCAGGCGCAGCAGCAGGCGCUGCUGGACAUGGAGUCGGGGGCCAGCGGGCAUGGGGGGGACGUGGCGCCCGCCGAGCGCUCCACGCUGGCCACCGUCAGCCAGAACAUCGCCCCUGCCUACGUCAAGCAGGAGGAGGGCAGUGGGGCCAGCCCUGGCCCGCCGCAGACGCCCCUGGCCGUGCUCUCCCCCGCCGCCUUCGUGCAGAGCAUCAUCCGGAAGGUGAAGUCGGAGAUCGGCGACGCCGGCUCCUACUUCGACCAGCACUGGGCGUCGGAGCGGAGCCUGCUCAGCCGGCCCUACACCUCCGUGUCGCCUUCGCCGUCCUCCUCCUCCUCCAGCUACUCCAGCAUGGCCAAUGGCCGGGGCUGGCCACGGGGUGAGCCCGGCGAGGGUGGCACCAACGAGGACGAGCUGCAGCCGGCGGAUGAGGAGCCCCAGCGGCUGUUGGAGAUGAAGGCAGAGGGAGCCGGUGCGGAGCCGGCGGCUGGUGGGCGUCUGUCCUACUACCCCACGUAUGUGCCACGGACCCUGAAGCCAACAGUGCCACCACUGACGCCAGAGCAGUAUGAGAUGUACAUGUACAGGGAGGUGGACACGCUGGAGCUGACCCGGCAGGUCAAGGAGAAGUUGGCCAAGAAUGGCAUCUGCCAGAGGAUCUUCGGAGAGAAGGUGCUGGGACUGUCCCAGGGCAGUGUGAGUGACAUGCUGUCGCGGCCCAAACCCUGGAGCAAGCUGACACAGAAGGGUCGGGAGCCCUUCAUCCGCAUGCAGCUCUGGCUGACAGACCAGCUGGGCCAGGGGAUCAGCCAGCAGCCCACACCCUCCCAGGCCAGCCCAGUGGAACCCCAGCCGUCCCCCUCGCCGCCCCCCAGCCCCACCGAGCACGAGAAGGGCUGCCAGGAGCCCCUCACCCUGGCCUUGGAGAGCAGCAAGGAAAACCAGCAGCCCGAGAGCCGCUCGACGCCUGCGCUGGGUGGGAAGACGUAUGCCAACAGCCAGGGCCCCAUGGGCAUCCAGGAGAUCGUUGCCAUGUCCCCCGAGCUGGACACCUACUCCAUCACCAAGAAGGUCAAGGAGGUCCUGACAGACAACAAUUUAGGCCAGCGGCUGUUUGGGGAGAGCAUCCUGGGCCUGACGCAGGGCUCGGUGUCCGAUCUCCUCUCCAGGCCCAAGCCGUGGCACAAGCUGAGCCUGAAGGGGAGGGAGCCCUUCGUCCGGAUGCAGCUCUGGCUCAACGACCCCCACAACGUGGAGAAGCUGCGCGACAUGAAGAAGCUGGAGAAGAAGGCCUACCUGAAGCGCCGGUACGGGCUGAUGAGCGCUGGCUCGGACAGCGAGUCCCCCAGCGCCCGCUCCGAGUGCGCCAGCCCCAGUGCGCCGCCGCAGGACCUCAGCCUGCUCCAGAUCAAGAAGCCGCGGGUGGUGUUGGCGCCAGAGGAGAAGGAAGCCCUAAAGAAAGCCUACCAGCUGGAGCCAUAUCCCUCCCAGCAGACCAUCGAGCUGCUCUCCUUCCAGCUCAACCUCAAGACCAACACCGUCAUCAACUGGUUCCACAACUACAGGUCACGGAUGCGCCGAGAGAUGCUGGUGGAGGGCGCGCAGGACAAUGACACGGACCCAGAGCAGAGUGGCGGGACGGCCAUCCCCGGGCGCCGGGCCCCCCACAGCCCCGAUUCGGACACCGAGGAUCACAAACCCGUGUUGGUGGGGGGCGAGCCCCCCUGUGCUGCUGUGCCCGUGAAGGUGAAGGAGGAGCAGGGGGAUCCGGGCGGCUGGAGCCGCCGGCGGGACUCGCGCAGCCCGGCCGGAGCGGCCGAAGGGACCGGACCUCCCCAGGAGGAGCGGGGGGCAGCCCCCCAUGCCGCCGCCCCCAGCGCCGGCAGCCUCCCGCGGCGGGGAGGUCGCGCCGGUGCCACCACCGGGGGACCUCCACCGCCGCCACCACCGCACCCCGACAGCUCCCAGUCCUCAGCGGGCUCGUCCCGUUGCAGCUUGGUGGUGUCCCCAACGUCGCCCUCGGCAGCUUCCUCGCCCGGCCUCACCGGCUCAGCCUCACCAGGACCAUCCUCUGCCGGGCCGGUCUCGCCGGCGCUUCCACCGGCUCCUGGCCCCCGGCUCAGCACCAGCGUGCAGCGGCGCCACGAGAAGAUGGCCAACCUCAACAACAUCAUCCACCGGCUGGAGCGGGCUGCCAACCGCGAGGAGGCCCUCGAGUGGGAGUUCUGAGCCCCCCGACACCCUAAAUAUAUAUAUACACCCCCACACAUAUAUAUAUAUUUUGAUAAAUGCUGUGUGCACCAAGAGGUGACGAGUGGCCGGCGCCACGGAAGAGGAGCGCCCGUGAAAAAGAGGGGACCCCUCUCUAUGAAUCCGCCCCACCCCUCUGGCUUUGUUUUAAAUGUGAAAAACUGGGAACAAUUUUAGAAAAGAAAAACAAAAAAAUCAAAAAAUAUUUAUAGACCUCUUUUAGAUAUUUUAAUAAAAGGAUACUUUGGAAUUUAUUAACAGCUUAAGCUGCUUUGAUAUUAAAGAUAGCUAUAAAAUCAAGAUGAUGUAGCAGUCGUGUCAUUAAAUGUACACUGAAGUCUUGUAGUUUGCCACUGGAUGAGAUUAAAAACAAAUAAACAAAAAAAAAAAAAAAAAAGAAAACCAACCCACAGAAAAGACUUUUUGAGCAAAGCCAUCAAGAAGCACUAUGAGACUGACCAAAUUUAAGAAACUUUUGCAGUUUCCACCCCUGUCUGUAAGACACUGCAUCGCUUCUGCCCCAGCCAGAGACUGCGUCCUAGUCCCUGAAGACUCUAAAGCCCCCGACGCCAUCGAGUAUGUAUUUAGUUCUGGUGGUUUAUGUUUUUGGAAGCCUUUGUAACACAGAAUGUCCCGUGUGGUUGUAUAUGUUGUAGAAAUGUCUGCAAUAGCCUUCUUGGACAAAAUGUAGCAUGGUCCCAACGCCGUCCCUUGCGCUUCCUCCAGCCAGUGGCAGCUCCCAUCUGCCAUGGUGCAGCUCAUGCCAGCUCCCAAAGGAGGAGAGAAAAUGAGGCAAAAGCAAAGAAAGCAACCUGAGUGAGCUUGGGAUUUUGGGAGUGGGAUGGGAAAAUGUCCCUGGGUGAGAUGCUUGAGGAUGGUACCAGCUCGCUAGGGAUGGACAUCCAUGGCAUCCCAGUUCCCUGUCCAUUCAGGAAAGAGAAAGAUGGAGCCUCCGAGCUUUGGCUCUGGGGCAGCAGUGCUUAAGGAGAGCACCCAAAAAUUGUGAGCCACCCACUCACAGACUGAGCCCUGCUUGGGGCUGCUCCAGCAUCACAGCCCAGCACUUUUUUAGGGAAAGCACCUGGGCAGGAAGAGCAUCCCCUUCCCGCAGCCAUGUCCCAGGGAGUGGGUGUCAGUGAUGCCAGAAUGAGCUCUGGGAUGUCACACCAGGCUCCUGCCUAAACUGGGCAAGCACCACCAAGCUUUGGCUUUCCAGGGCUGAUCCUGUGCAGACAGAGGAGCUCAGUGGUGUCACCUCCCUGACCCCACCACCUCCAGCCAGCCUCUGCUAAUAAAAUGCCUUUAAAUGAUAUGGAGUGUCCCACCCUGGGCUGCUCUGCCCUAUCCCCUGCCCACACAGUGUCAACCAUCGCCCACCAAGGCCCUGCCAGGCUCCUAGGUGAUGCAUUGACUGAUUUUCCACUGUAGAUGUUUUUAUCAGAAUAGAAGGUAUUUUUGUACUGGGGUGGUAGUAGACGAGCAAUGCUGGGUGAGGGCACAGCUCUCCUUGCCUGCCUCUCCUGCCCCGAGGAGCCCCAGGGUGCCCAUGGCUGCUCUGCCAUGGUGCUGUGGAAGGUGGAGGUGUGACCACUGACUGCCUUCUCCGUUGUGUGCUAGAGGGAGCUUUAGUGGAAUGGGAUUUGAGGAAGCACUUAGGAUAGUCCUGAGCACGGCAACCCUGUUGUAUGAAAGCCAGCGGGACACACCGGUCACGUUUUUGUUAGGCUCAUGUUCUGUACUUCAAAAGUUUCUAUGAGAUCGAUGAACUUUGUUUAACAAUUUUGGAAGGAACAAGUUCUGUAAAGAGCCACUAAAUACAGAAGUUGGAUACGA